GGCAAUAAGCGCUCUCAGUGCAAACAGUAAAUCUGACGUGGCACGUCUUGGUCACGUCACCAACGUGAGCGGUGACGUAUGUUCCAACUGAGCAUGUAACCAGGAAGAGGCUGCUCAAAUAUCAAGAUGUUAACUGGAGAUACCAAUGAUGAAGACGUGUCUCUGUUUGAUGCAGAGGAGGAUGCAGGGAAAAGGUCGAAGAGGACGAAUAUUAAGCACCCAGUGGCCUCGUUCUUCCACCUCUUCUUCAGAGUCACAGCCGUCCUCGUGUACCUGCUCUGUGACAUCUUCAGUCCGGGUUUCAUCGGCUGCAUGGUCACAAUAAUCCUGCUGCUCUCGUGUGACUUCUGGGCAGUAAAGAACAUCACAGGUAGAUUGAUGGUCGGUUUGAGGUGGUGGAACCAAGUAGACGACGAUGGACGCAACCACUGGGUGUUUGAGGCGAGGAAGGCUUCUGGGAAACAACAAGCAUCCGAUUCUGCAUCUGAGUCCAGAAUUUUCUGGCUUGGUCUGAUUAUUUGUCCGGUCAUCUGGGUCAUCUUUGCAUUCAGCACUCUGUUUUCCUUUGAGAUAAAAUGGGUGCCGGUAGUGAUCAUGGGUGUCGUGCUGCAAGGCGCCAACCUGUACGGCUACGUGCGCUGUAAAGUGGGAGGGAAGACCAGCUUGAAGAACAUGGCUACCAACUAUUUUGGACGUCAGUUCCUCAAACAGGCCAUGUCUAAAGAAGAGGAAUCGUAGAGCGCCGCUCUGCGAUGUUACGUUUGCAUUAUUCUUAAUGCUCUUAUAUAUUUCUUUUAGCGAGUGGACAUGUAGAAAAAAAAAUCCCUUUUGCAACAUGAACUAAAAAUAAUUGUGUUUUCUUUUUUUAAUGUAAUGUCAAUAAGGAGAGGGAUGUUUUGGUGUUCCACAGGGAGGGCUGAGGUCUCGUCGCCCUCUUCAGACUGCUUGUUUUACAAAAGUGGCGUCAUCACGUCUUUGUGCAUUCAUAUGGAUUCCAAAAUGGCGGAAAUAUUGAUGUCCCAGUCUGUGAAUUUAGCGGCAUUGCAAAAGCGUGACACAGCGGGAGCUCCACACACACACACACACACACACACACACACACACCUUUUUCUACUAUUCCACUCGGCUACAUUCAGAUAGAAGGCGAAAUGUCACUGGGACGUAAAUAUCACGUCUUGAAUUGGCGGUCUGAAGAGGGCUAAUAACUGAAAUCCAGCCUGUUGUUUCACCAGCUGAUCCUGAAGUGUGAUAAAGGAUGUGAAGCAGAGCGUAGAGUGACGGAUCAUGUCGUCUCACACCUCCCUCUAAAUGAUUCUUCAGGUUGGGAUCUUCUUUAGUUUGUUUAUUUUGCUUUUUAACUCAAAUCUCUCUUCUUUUUUUUUUAAUGAAUCUGUAGUUUGGAGGAGGUACAAACGUCGGUGUUUGUAUCAAAGACAAGCUUGUAAAGUAAGAGUGUAAAGUAUUCCAGGAGGUUUGUAAAUGUGUAUGUAAAAGAAACUAUGUGGAACGUCUUCCUUUGUGCUAAUACAUUUGUAACUUUUU